AUGGGUGAAGCCUCUCCAUGUGACCUCUGGUAUGAAGCUCCGUUUAUUGUUUGAGGACUACACAAUGAGCACUUCCACUUUCCAGCAUCCCGUUCUGGGCUGCAUACCAGCAAUAGGCUACAUACCUCCCACAGGUGACCUGCUCGCUCACACACUUCCAGCUGUUUCAUGGCUCGUUCCGCGCUUCUGCGGCACAUUUUUUCACUCGUGAUCACGCUAUAUUGUGGACUGUUCGGGAUUACAACGUUUGAGACUCUGUAGUCAGUUGAAAAGUGAGUGAGAUACACGGCUGUGUGGUUUUCCCACCGGGGGUCCAACUUCUAAAGUGGCUUUACGCACGAGCUCUUCUCCAUCCAAAGCCGCAGAUCUGGAGCCUAUACACGCUUGGAAGUAAUCGCAGCGCGGAGGGAUGGCAGAGGAAAUCCUAAACCCCCCAGAUCUUAGAGAACUGGAAAAUAAGGUUGGCAGGAAAACCCCGGAAAGUCUUCUGAUGUGGAUGAGGGAUGCGGUGGACCGUGAACAUGGCUGGAGGGCUGAUGCUGUGGACAGGGGGGAGCGCAGAUCUGACUUCAGCGAGAGUUUUUCUGACAAAAUCAGCAACUUAAAACAAGAGAUGAGGUCUCUGCGUUCUGCAGAUGUGAGGAUCCUGCGGCAGCUUGUGGCCGUGCAUGAGGGGAUCGAGGCCAUGCGCUGGCUGAUGGAGGAGCGGGAUGCCUUGGUCAGCCGUGGCAGCAGCCUGACAGGCAGCCUGAGCAGCUUAGUGACUGUGGAGGAGCCAGGUACCUCCAUGUCCCCCUGCAGAGAAAACCUGAGUCCAGCUCAUGAAACCGCUGGAUAUGAGUCAGGAGAUCAACAACCACACACUGACCAUGAUGAGUCAAAUCUUGUCAAGAGCUACUUUGACAUGCCGAGCUCUGAGUUUACUGAAGCAACACCUCCAAGUCCAUCUUCCUCGACGUUUGAAGUCAUGCAAGUCACACAGAGCAGGCAUGUUCAAGCCUCCUUGAGUCCUGACAAUUUUUACAAUAGUGCGAGUUUAUCAAAGUCACAAUCACAGGACUCAAACAUUACUCCAUUAAAAGACAUUAAAUCUCGUGGUGACACCAUCAGAAGAGCUCUGCUCAGAUCCAGCAGGGUAAGGAAAGAAGUGAGAGCAGAUUCUGGUAUUUUUUCCUCUACUAAGCAGUCAGAAGAAACACAGACAGAGCAACAACCCCAGCAAAGUUCCAGAGACCAUCAGAACAAUGUGACGAAAACAGAGGAGAGUGAACCCAAUAAAGAGACAAUGUUGCUGGGCUAUGACGCUCAGUGGUGCUGGGUGGAGUCACAGGACGAUGUGACGUUUCUAUGAUUUUAACAAAGGAUCUUUGAUGUGUAGCUGCUCCCCUUAAAAGUGAAAUGCCAGUUAUGAAGUCAGAUUAAUAAUGCACUUUGACAGUGAUUAAUAACUAAAGAUGAAUGUCCAUAAAUACUGUCUAUAUGUCACUACUCACUCUGUCACUACUUUUUGAAUUGUAGUGAGGAUAAAGUUGCUGUUUCAUCUCUUUUUUUAAAUUGCUUGUUGAAUUUAUGAAAUCUUAGUGAAUACAAAAAAAAAAGACAAAUUAAGCAAUUCUUCAAAUUUGUUGGAAAAAAAAAAAAAUCAAAAGAUGUCCUGUCAAUGUAUGAUCAGUUCUUCACACACUGGUGACCUGUAUUUUUAGAGAUAUUGAACUUGAACUUAAGGUGUUCUAAAAUAGGCUAGUGGGUCUUCAGACUUUCUAAUGUAAUUGCACUUAUUGCAGAUUAUUAAAGUGCUUUUUUUUAUU